AGAGCCAGCCCACGACGUCGGAUGAGACUGUGGUGGCCGGUGGUACAGUGGUGCUCAAGUGCCAGGUGGAGGAUCCUGAUGACUCCUCGCUGCAGUGGUCCAACCCAGCCCAGCAGACCCUCUACUUCGGGGAGAAACGAGCCCUGCGAGAUAACAGGAUCCAGUUAGAGAGGUCCACGCCCAACGAGCUGACCAUCAGCAUCAGUGAUGUGGUGCUGUCGGAUGAGGGGGAAUACACCUGCUCCAUCUUCACCAUGCCCGUGCGGACUGCGAAGGCCCUGGUCACCGUGCUGGGAAUCCCCCAGAAACCCCAAAUCUCCGGCCAUGAGCAGCCCAUUGAUGAGGAGAAGAUAGCCCGGCUGACCUGCCGGUCCUCUGGCAGCAAGCCCGCGGCCCAGCUCCGGUGGAAGAAGGGCAACAAGGAGCUGAAGGACGAGGGCACCGAGGUGGUGGAGGACCCCAACGGAAAGACCUUCACCGUGAGCAGUCGGGUGGAGUUCCGCGUCACCAAGGAGGACAACGAAGCCGAGGUGACCUGCACCGUGGAUCACGAGUCCCUGCAGAACUCCGAGAGGUCAACCACACAGAAGCUGCAGGUCCACUACAAGCCGACAGCAAAGAUCGAGCCGCAUCCCCUGUACCCGCGGGAAGGCGAGAAGCUCCAGCUGCAGUGUGACGGGCAGGGCAACCCCAUCCCCCAGGAGUUCCUAUGGGAGAAGGAGGGCAGUGACGCGCCCCUGCAGCUGAGCUCCGACAGCGUCCUCAUCUUCCCCUUCCUCAACAAGAGUGACAGCGGCACCUACGUCUGCACGGCCACCAGCUCUAUGGGCAGCGUCGUGGCCAAGUACAACCUUGACGUCAGCGAUGCCAGCCCGGUGCCCUCGACCUCCAGCACGUACCACGCGAUGAUCGGUGGGGUGGUUGCUGUCAUUGUCUUCCUCCUGCUCAGUCUUCUCAUCGUGUUGGGACACUACCUGAUAUGGGACGAGUAGCAGCCUCUGCCGCGCAGCAG